UUCGCAAAUACUUCGAAGUACAUGUCAGAGCAACCUCUGCAUGACAUAAGACGUGUGGCGAUGCCCACGAGUCCCACGUCGUCUAUACUAAGCCCGAAAAGUGCACUGGCCCGGUUGCAAGUGCAAUGGAGCGCUGACGAGAAGCCAUGUAGCCCUCGUCCACCACCGCACACAGCAGCGUCUUCCCCGCAGCUGACGGCAUUAACAUCCCUCAAGUCAGACGAGAAAGAUGCCGUCAUCGUGUACUUGCUUCAGAAAGUGAAGGAUCAAAAGACCAUGCAGGAUGCCGCGAUCCAGUUUGGCGAAGAAAUCGCUGCCAAACUUGUGUUGGAGCAGCACGAGCGCAAUGACGCGUACGAAGCCACGAUUCACGCCCUCAACGAGGCUUUACACAGCGCUACGCACCACCACCCCGAAGUGGCCCGCCUGGAGGCCGUGGUGCUGGAGUUGAAGGUGCAGCUGGACAAAGAGCAACAAAACGUGCAAUCAGCAAUUAAAAAGUGUCGGCGCAGUCGGGAGCGCGAGCGGCAGCUGAAGAUGGCCAUCGAUCCAUUAUGGGAAUAGAAGAACAUGUUGUACAGUAUAUGCCGUCACACCACAGUGGACUUGGCAACAUCGUCCGAUGCUUAAGGACGAGAUAACUGCCAGUUGUGUAAAUGCGGCCGAAUGUCCUAUGUUGUGUGUUCAUGAGGAGCGACUGCUUGUGUUCAACCUCAC